AAAACAAGACUUGAUACAAUAUACAUAAUAUAUGAAUAUGAUGUAGAUCGAGCCCCACUCUCUUGACCUCCACCCAGAAACCCUUUUUUCUUUCUUUCUUUCUUUAGAAAACUCUUUUAUAUAUAGACUGUAGAUAGACAGUGAGUCAAUCAGUCCCAAGCACAGUUUAAAUUCCAACGAUACUUUUUUUUUUUUUUUUAAUUUUUCUUCACUAAACAGGAAAGACAAAUGGGAAUUUCUAUAGCUAUUGCUUCUUUGCUUCAUCAAAUGUGCUUUCUUUUGCUUGUAUUGAUUCAACCCUCUUCCACUUUUCCAAUUUCUGACAAAAUCACGCAUUUACCUGGGCAACCUCUUGUGGGGUUUCAACAUUUCUCUGGUUAUGUCAAUGUAAAUGAUGAUGAUCAUCAAACCAACAAACAAGAAAGAGCUAUUUUUUACUAUUUUGUCGAGGCUGAGUUUGAUCCAUCUUCAAAGCCCUUGGUUAUUUGGCUAAAUGGAGGUCCUGGGUGUUCUUCUCUGGGUGUUGGUGCAUUUUCUGAAAAUGGACCUUUUAGGCCAAAUGGACAGGUUUUGGUUAGAAAUGAGUAUAGCUGGAAUAGAGAAGCAAAUAUGUUGUAUUUAGAGACACCAGUUGGAGUGGGUUUCUCUUAUUCAACUCUAUCUCCUUACCCAACAAUAGAUGAUGAUAUGACUGCUAGGGAUAAUCUUGCAUUCUUGAAUGGCUGGUUUAAAAAGUUCCCUCAGUAUCGUCAAAGAGAUCUGUUUAUUACUGGAGAAAGUUAUGCAGGUCAUUAUAUUCCUCAACUUGCUAAGCUCAUGAUUCAGUUCAAUGAAAAGGAAAAAGUUUUCAACUUGAAAGGCAUUGCUUUGGGUAAUCCAGUUCUUGAAUUUUCGACUGAUUUCAAUUCAAGAGCGGAGUACUUCUGGUCACAUGGGUUAAUAUCUGACUCGACGUAUAGAUUAUUCACUUCUGCUUGCAAUUAUUCGCGAUAUGUAAGUGAAUACUAUAGAGAUUCUGUAUCUCCAAUUUGUUCGAAAGUCAUGAGCCAAGUUGGUCGAGAAACAAGCAAAUUCGUGGACAAUUAUGAUGUCACACUCGAUGUCUGCAUUUCGUCUGUGCUCAAACAAUCCAGAAUCAUUAGUCCUCAACAAGUUGAUGAGAGGGUAGAUGUUUGCAUAGAAGACAAAACUGUAAAUUAUUUGAACAGAAAAGAUGUGCAGAAGGCUCUCCAUGCUCGGCUUGUUGGCGUACGCAGUUGGACUGUCUGCAGCGAUGUUCUUGAUUAUCAACUGCUGGAUGUGGAGAUACCGACGAUCUCAAUAGUGGGAUUGCUUGUUAAGGCAGGGAUUCGCGUAUUGGUUUACAGUGGAGAUCAAGAUUCUGUGAUUCCAUUAACUGGGAGUCGAAGUUUGGUGCGUGGGCUAGCGAAGAAGAUGGGACUGAACAUGACUGUUCCAUAUCGAGUUUGGUUUGGAGGACAGCAGGUGGGUGGAUGGACUGAAGUUUAUAAUGAUCUGCUUUCAUUUGCGACGAUUAGAGGCGCGUCGCAUGAAGCUCCAUUUUCGCAGCCUGAGAGAUCGCUUGUGCUGUUUAAGUCAUUUUUGGAAGGGAGGACUUUGCCUCAGAUGUUCUAAAGGUGGUGGUGAUGAUAUAUAUGUUAUAUAAUUGAGGCCAUAGAAGAAGAAAAAAAGGAAGAAUCUGUAAAUUCUGAAAUCUUCUUUUUGGCUCUUUUUAUUUAUUUUUUUGGUUUCAAUCUUCAAUUUUUGUCAAUGUGUGGUUGUUGAAUGAAGUAAUUAAUCAAUGUGCUUUUUGAGGAAAGUUUCAUUUUAUUUUUGUUUUGAGUUUGAGAAGGUUGCUAACCUUUGUAUAAUAAAUAAAUAACUAUAGCAUUUAAAGGUGUAUUUAAUUCUGUGGUUUAUAAAUUGUGGCUGCAGACAUAUCCUUUAUGUAUUUAUCA